CAUGCCACAUGCUUAUUCUUAGAAACAGACGCAAUAUGCUCUCAUAGCAUUGUAGGUUUGCGGUAUUAGUAACCCAUUGUUGUAUAAAAUUAUCAAAAUAUAUAAUGCACAAAAUCUAUAACAAUUAAAAAUGUUUUAAGGCAAUAUACAUCAUGCUCAUGGCAUCGAAGAGGAGUAGGAAAACCCCCUACAUCGGGGCGGCAGCGGGGACACGGGGAGCUGCCAGUAGGCGUAGGGCCACCUCCACACUACCCAGAGACCAUUCCAAUUCUCAAAGUAAGCUGCCAGCAGCCACCACUGUUACCAUGGUACCUUCUACUACCCCUCCAAUGGAUACCGCUCAUUUGCAUCAACCUGUACAGCAAGGGAGAGCGUCAUAUACAGUGGGAUCGUUUCAAAUCACUGGCCCCUCAGGCGGACAUGUAUCCUACCCAGUUACCUCCGGCAUUAUGGGAAGGUCGUGUAGAGUCACUACUUGCAGCAGCAGUUGCCAAAAACACAGCAGCAACUUAUCGCAGAGCGCUAGACUCCUUUACUAAAUUUCGAAUUCAAUACAUGCUUCCUGCACUAUGGCCACCUUCCGAUGAACAAAUUGUUUAUUAUUUAGCUUAUUUAUCUGCAAAUAAUAUAUCACAUUCAUCAGCAAAAUGUUACAUUAGUGGUCUCAGUUAUCAGCUUCAAAUCCAAGGAAAACAAGACACAACUAAAGUAUUCAUAGUUAAGAAAAUGCUAGAAGGUAUGCAUCGUUUAAAUCCUUCAAAUGACAUACGGGCUCCCAUUUCUCCCCCCCCCCUCUUAAAUUGCAUUACAUUGACACUCCCUUCAGUUUGCAAAAAUUAUUACGAGGCCACGUUAUUUACUUUGGCCUUUCAUUUGGCAUUCUUUGCAUUGCUUAGAAUCAGUGAGCUAACAGUUUCUCACAACUCGUCACUUGUAAUUUCCAUCCAGGAUCUUCAGUUCCUUCAAAAUCAAAUUCAACUAACCAUUAGGGGUUCUAAGACAGACCAAUAUGCUAACAGUUUGAUUGUUCAUAUCGGGCUUAGUAAUGACACCAGUCACACCACUACACUAUUUCAAACAUUGCAGCAAUAUCUACAUAGUAUACCAAGAUCACCUGUCCCAUUAUUGCUUCACUUAAAUGGCAAGCCUCUCACUUCAUAUCAGUUUACUUCAAUAUUGCGCAAAACCUUGCAGUUUAUUAAAGUAGACACAUCUACAUUCAAGUCUUAUUCUUUUCAAAUUGGGGGCGCAACAUAUAUGCACCUCUUAGGGGUUUCAGAAGAAGAUAUCAAAAUCAAGGGUAGGUGGAAAUCUAGUGCUGUCAAAUCUUACAUUCGGGUAUGGUAUUUCAUAAUUUCCAAAUGCUUGCAACAUUUCAUUGGUUAUUGAGAGUAUGCUAAGUUUGCAGGUUCCCAUAAAACUGUCUGGAUAAUUGGAUCAUCCUUGAUAUAUCAUGCAUUCAGCCACACUAAGAUCUAUUUUUGGUAAUCUGCACCUGAACCUUCUAUCCAAGAACAUUUCAAUCAGAUGGUUUGGCCAGAGGGGCUGACAUGGGAACACAUGGCACCUACAAUUCAAGGGUUGCUUGAUCAGUUUGGCCCUCCGGACGCUAUAAUGUUGCAUUGUGGUGGCAACAGCAUUGGUACAAUGUCUCUGAGACAGUUGUAAAGAUUUAUGAAACUAACCAUUUACAACCUUUAUCAAUUGUUACCUAAUUGCAGAUUUAUUUGGUCUCAAAUUUUGCCACGCACUUAUUAUCGUCACAUGUUCUCUUCAACUUCUGCAGAAAAGUCCCGCAGGAGAAUAAACAGUGCAAUGAGUGCAUUCAUAAUUCAAAGGGGAGUGGGAUAUAUUUCAUACCCAGAUCUUAAGUAUUGUUCCCCUGUUUUGUAUCGAGAUGGGGUUCAUCUAACUGAUAUUGGUCAGGUUAUAUUCUUGAAUGCCAUUCAGGGGGGUCUUUACACUAUUCUCAGGGAAGGUAUACAACACUUCCCACAGCGAACAGUUGGUUAAGGACAGUUGAUUAGUUAAUUGGCAGUGUGUCAUGGUGUUGACCAAAAUUUGCCGCAUGUGGCGGAUGUCUCCGAGCACCUUGCUCCAAAGCAGGUAUUUGUCGACAUAUGCCCGAAUUUUGAUAUUUGAAGCCCGCCCUAGAUUCCUGUUGUUUUCCAGGGUCUGGGGCCAAUAAUUGGGCUUUUGUCAUUUUUUCAUUUUCAUUGAACUUGCUACGCCAUACACUAUUGAGAAAGUCGGUGUAGAUAAUUGUCAUUGUAUAUCAUUGUCAUUGUGGAAAAUUGUCAUUGUGUGACUAACUAAUUCUAUGCCUAAUGUUACAUCCAUUUCAUUGUUUAAACACUUGCUUACCCUAAUAUUGUUCAUACCAUUGUUCAGUCAAUCAUUUGAUUUAUAUAUAAAGACAUGUAAACACUGCCAAACAGUCUUGUGGUGAUUAUUGUGUCGACAUAAUUAGAGUUAACUCCCGUUAUGGAGACAAGCAAUUCACAGUUACUUGUACAUGUGCAACGAACGAUAACUCGCGCGGGAUGCGCGAUAUUCGAUAACUAGUUCUACCCAUCACCAGAGCAUGCGCACUACGGGUGCUUUCUUUUGGAAUCUGAAGCUGCUGCAGACGAUACCCUUCCACCCAUCCCAACUUUUUAUAUUUAUCGGUGUUUGCUGUUGCGUGUCUUUCUUUCUCGUUUCAGAUUUUGGUGAACCACCAGCGUAUUAUAUCUACUUUCAUCAACCACAAGCGUCAUGACUUUAUACAGAAUGAGCUGUUCUUGUUAACUAGUGAGAUUUUAUAGGGGACUUUGUCGAAUUUUGAUAUUUGAAGUCCGCCCUAGAUUCCUGGGUUUUUUUUUCAGGGUCUGGGGCCAAUAAUUGGGCUUUUGUCAUUUUCUCAUUUUCAUUGAACUUGCUACGCCAUACACUAUGGAGAAAGUCGGUGUAGAUCAUUGUCAUUGUGUAUCAUUGUUAUUGUGAAAAUUGUCAUUGUGUGACCAACCAAUUCUAUGCCUAAUGUUACAUCGAUUUCAUUGUUUAAACAUUUACUUACCCUAAUAUUAUUUAUACCAUUGUUCAGUCAAUCAUUUGAUUUAUAUAUAAAGCCAUGACAAACACU